GUAUAUACCUUUGCGGAACAUGUCAAUACUAUGAGGAUCUCGCGCUCGAGAGCUUCGAGAGCGACUCUUCAACGACGCAGGAUUGGCAGUUCCUGCGACAUCAAGGUCGAUUCGGACUUUCAUGAUUGAGCUCGGAGAAUUAUUGAAUACAGCAAACAAAAAUAUGAUCAGGCGUGAAGGUUGCGAUGCAGAAUGGCUCGACCGCUGAAAGACCUCGAGAUUGCUUUGCGAGAGGUCGAGGAAUGCUUGCUCCAUCAAGCCUCGACAUGGCAUUCUUCGCACGUCCCUAUAACCCCGAGCGAGAUUGAGUUGGUAGGUCGCCAACAAGUUGCUUCGAUGGCACCUAUCUCGCAACCACAAUUGAUUGUGAUCUGAGGGAGAUGCACACAUUCAGAUCGGAGUGAUUAUACUCACAGAAACAGACACGAUGCAGAAUUGGCAGAAGAUGCAACCGAUAUCUGCGUAUUACGUAUUCGCUUAGGUUUCGUUCGCUGGAUAUGGUAAACGUUGUCGAUCAUAGUCUCGGAAUCCGCCAUAUGUCUACAUCUAACAAAAACCAGAUCACAGUUCGCCCACGACAAUACGCAUCGUAUGCGCUGCGAGCCUUGAUGCUAGCCUUUGCACGAUACACCAGCAAUCAAUUCCCAGUUACAACUUUGCUCGUGGCUCGGAACGGGACAGAUGAUGAAGGAUCUGCUAUCUGUUAUCCGGCUGCAGACCCAAGUUCGACUGAAGAUUGGUUGAUACGAGUAAUACACAUGCCACGAGCCACUACGAACCCUUCCCACUCCACCUUGUCGACCGUUGUGGAGCUACUCAGAUGGAGCCGAGUAUACAGAAGCGAAAACGAGUACGUCUUCUGCACCACUGGGUAUUUGGGAGUGAGAGCACAAAAGGAACGCACGCCCUCGUUCAGUCUUGGAAGUGGUAAAGGUUUGCGACCAUAUAACCCGGUUGGCUUCAUAUUCACGCCCAUAUCUACCCGAGUUCCUCACAGGACCAGAAGCCGCGUUCUUGCCACUUCACUCAGUACUGGCCUUCGAUCUGGAGCCAGAGCAUCUCCCCAGCUGAAUUUCCAUUCUCUGCGCUCCGGGUACUCUCUGCACUCCGCUUACACUUCUUACGGUUCAAGUCAGACUCCGAAUAUGGCAGUCUGACGGCUUCUGUCUCUAUGGGUAGUACAGAGCUUCCAGCAAUGACUUUACCCUGCGACUACUUGGAUUAGUAUCAUACAGCCUUGAUUGAAUGUCAGCUCUCGGCUGCUUCACCUUUCCCGACCUCGUCGACCUCGACCAAUCUACCUACUAUACGGCUCGUGUAGCCUCCUCGAAACGAACUAUUUCGAGCGACACGCGCGACUCCUCAACGUCAACAUCGACCUGGAUCCGUUUCAAAUGAACAACAAAAAACCAGUAACAUGCACAAGCAGUACAAUGGAGAUAGGUUACACGAACGAAAUUUGAAAGAUCAAAGAUUUGAAAACAAGCAUCUAAUCGCUGUACAAGUGAAAUCUAAACGCUAGGAUCAUCGUUCAUCAUGAGGUGAGGUGAGGUGAGGAAUGGCUGAUCACGACCGCUCUUUAUACCUCUGCAACUGUUCCGCCACCAAACACAUAUCCAUGGGCCACCAAUCAUUAUUACCAUUACUACCCUGACCUUGACCGUCCCCGGUCAUGCUCUUACGAGGACGAUUAAUCAUCUGCGCCAAUUUCUUGAUAUCCGUGAUUCCAAAGUCUCCGAUCCACCAAGUCUCCUGCUCGACCAGCAUGACAAAGACAAGCCAAUGCGCAAAGAUAUCCCAGGCGAGCAUCUGUAUCUCGUGGUCGAUAUCUCCGCCAUCCGGCGGCGCAGCUGACAGACGCACCGGCAGUUGCAAAAUGGCCAUAAAGUCUUCCGGCAAGCGAUUUACCCAGGGUAAGAUGACGGGCGUCAACGG